AUGCCAUGUAUACAAAAUAAUUCAAAUGAAUUUCUUAUUGAAGAAAUUAUAAUGUUAAAUUUUCGUGGUUAUAUUAUGCCAAUAUUUAUUAUAUUUGGUAUAAUUGGAAGUAGUUUUGUUAUAAAUAGUUUUUAUUCAAUGCAAAAAUUACAACCAUCAAGAUUUAAUAUUUAUAUUAUAUGGAUUACAAUAUUUCAAAUUGUGGAUUUAAUAACUAAUACAUUUUUAGAUGAUUUUCUUGGACGUGGUUUAACAUGGGCAAGUGAUUGUAAAAUAUUUAUUAAAUUAGAUACUAUAUCAUCAUUCUCAUGUAAAAUAAUGAAUUAUAUACCUUAUACAUCUGUAUUAAUAUCAAAUACAUUAUUAGUUAUAUUUAGUAUAGAUCGUUUAUUAACUACAUAUAAACCAAUUAAAUUUCGUGGUGAUAUUUAUUUAUUAUUACCACGUUUAUUUAUUAUUAUAAUAAUAUGUAUAUCUAUGUUAUUAUAUUUACCACAAUUAAUUUAUUCUGAUUUAACAAUUCAUGAUAAUAAUUCAUUAAUUGGUAAUUAUACAUGUCAAUAUAUAAAUUCAUUAUAUUUUGGUGUACAAUAUAGUUUAUAUUUAUCAACAAUUGGUGGUUAUAUAAUACCAACUAUAUUAAUAGCUAUAAUAAAUAUUAUAAUUAUUUUACGUUUACGUUAUUUAAUAAAAAAUAGACAAUUAUUAAAUAGUAGACAUAAUUCUAUGAUACAUAAUAAAAUCUCUAUUGAUAAUACUACUACUAUUACUACUACUACUACUACUAAUAAUAAUAAUAAUAAUAGUAAUAAUAAUACUUUAAAUGAUCGAAAAUAUUCCUUAUCAAAUCAAUCAAUAUUGAAUCCAAAUAAACAAUUAAUAAAUGAAAAUCAUAAUGAAAUGAGAAGAAUUAUUGGACAUUUAAUGGUUACAUCUAUUUUUUUAUUAUUUUCUAUACCAUUAAUUGUUAUAAUUAUAUUAAGACAAAAAUCAGAUUUUCAUAAUUAUUAUAAAAUUUAUCCAAUUUAUGUUAAACGUUUAAUUCAUUUAUCAAGAUUAUUUAGUUCACUUACAUCUAUUAUAUGUUCAUUUAAUUUUUUUAUAUUUUUUAUAUUUUUACCAAAUUUUCGUCAUAUGGUUUAUUUAUCUAUUUUUUCAUUACCAUUUAUUAAAACAACAAAAUAUUCUAUUAAACAUAUUGAACAAAUUGAAAUUAAAUUAUCAAAUCGUUUAAGAACACGUUUUAGACGAUCAAUUGAAUCAAAAUUAUUACAAACUACUAUAUUACAAAAAACACGUACUAAAUCAAUAAGUUAA